GGAAAUUGAACGUUUGGGUAAACAAAUCUGAAAGAACAGACAGGGAAACCACAACAACAAGAACAUCAACAAUGUCAACUGUUAACGUCUUUAGAUACACCGCUUUGGCUGCCGGUAUCGUUUACGGUGCUUACCACACUUCCCAAUUGAAGUCAGCUGCUGCUAAAGCUGAAGAGCAGAAGGCCUACAACGCUCAGGUUGCGUUGAUUGCUGAGGCCAAGGCCAAGUACGCCGAGUUGCACAAGAAGCCAGAGGCUAAGACCGCCGCUUCUACCGAUAUCAAGGAGGUUAACUUUGAUGACAAGGAGUUGGACUUUGCUAAGGUGAUCCUCUCUGCUGUUGAGAAGCUGGAGUCUUGAGUGUGACCGCGGACAACUGAGAUACGUAGAGACAUCAGAAGGAGAGGGCAUGAAGGAUUGACCAGGUGUAUAGAGACUUACUUUAUUUGUUUAUAUUCCAUUUUGAGGUGAAGAUUGCUUUGACAUUUCUCUAUAACCUUCACAUAUACCGUUAUUAGAAAUAAGCAGGAUCGUCACCGUCGUUAUUAUUAUUAUUGCUGUUAUCAAAAGAUGGAGGUACUGCUACACACGGGAUUUCAUCAAGAGUAAAUGGCUUAUGUUAUAUCUAAGAACAAAACAAAAAAACACUUAUACUAGUGUGUGUAUAUACAAGGGUUCAUAUAGUAUAGUCUUUACUUCAUUCUUUUCUCACCUCUCACUUUGUG